GUGAAUGAAGACUUACUAGAGAAGGAAAUGGAAGAAAGGAAGAAGAUCUUGUAUGUUCGGCCAGUCCACAUUGAAUAUACACCGAAACACAAAAUGCGAGGACGAGGCACAGGAUCGCAUAAGGAACUUCGAAAAAGUAUGGUGGUUGACGAUAUCCGAAAAGAACGCAUCAAUGAGAAAAGGGAAGUUGAGAAAGAAGUGUUUGGGACUGAGAAAACUGAGUCUUCCAAGCCAAAACAGUUGCUCGACAGAUUCCGAAAAUAG